UGGCGUCGGAGAGGGCGGAAGUGAAGGGCGGCGCGCCGGAAGUCGCCUCACGAUGGGGGAGAAGAAAACCUCGGCGCGCGUCCCCGAGGGGGCUCCGCGGCGGGUGCUGGACGCGCCGGCGCGGCAGCGGCGCCUGCACCGGCAGCUCGAGGCGCUGGAGAACGACAACUUCGGCGACGACCCCCAGGCCGGGCUGCCGCGGCCCGGGAAGAGGCUGCCCCACUUCAGCGACACCGCCGAGACCGGGAAGAAGAAGAAGAAGACCCGCGGGGAUCAUUUCAAGCUGCGCUUCCGCAAGAACUUCCAGGCCCUGCUGGAGGAGCAGAACCUGAGCGCGGCCGAGGGCCCCAAUUACGUCUCGGCCGGCGCCGCCCCGUCCCGGCUGCCCCAGCGGCACUUCUGCGCCGUCUGCGGCUUCCCCUCGGGCUACACCUGCGUCACCUGCGGGGCCAGGUACUGCUGCACGCGCUGCCUCGGCACCCACCAGGACACCAGGUGCCUGAAGUGGACGGUAUGAGCCCGCCCCCAAUAUGGCUGCCGUGGCCACGCCCACAACAUGGCUGCCUUGAUGCCGCCACAAAAUGGCCGCCGUGAGCGCGUCUUGUUUGGUCCCGCCUCUAAAAUGGCUGCCACAGCUCCACCCCCAAGAUGGCUGCCGUGAUGCACCCCCCGAAUGGCUGCCAUGGCUCCACCCCCAAGAUGGCGACCGUGGUCCUCCAUGGCUCCACCCCCAAAAUGGCUGCACCCCCAAAAUGGUGGUCAUGACUCCACCCCAAAAUGGCUGCCAUGGCUGCACCCCCAAG